AUGUCUGCCAUUCCCCCGAAGAUCAUCGCUCAAGCGAAAUCUUACGAUGCUUCAGUCUUUAAAUUAAUCUAUGACAGAAUCGUUCCAAGGAACUAUUCAAUCCCGCUCCUCGAGUCUCUCUUGACUCACUUCCAGAUGGAUAAGCUUCCCAAGGCCACGUCCCACUCUGCGAUAGAGAGCCUGUUCAAAGCAAAGCCAAUGCUCUCAAUUAUGUCCUGCCUCAGUCGAUGCCUCGACAACUGCUACUAUACCGAGACUCAACUCCAGUCCACUACCGACAAGGUCCACGAUUGCAUUGAGGGCAUCCUUAGCUGGACUCUACUUUUCGUGAACCACAUCUUCUCCCCAAAGUCCAAACAUGGUCUCGAGAUGAAGAACAGGGUGGGCCAUAGGGCGUGUCUGCUUCUGUCCCGGCUACUGCGCCUUGACACUCGCAUUGACCAAGUGGUGGCCGAAUCGGAGAAGACAUUUGAGGUCAUGCUCACAAGCUGGAUAACUUGUGAUAUCAUUACGCUCUCUUCUUCGGCUCUCUUCGCCCUUAUUCUCAGGGAACACAUGGACGAAACUCUGGAAAGAUUUGAAAAGACCUCCUUUAUCGCCUACCUCCUCUCCGAUGAAAAACGCCUCGUCCGGCUUGCAAAAGGCGUUGUUGCGCACUUGGACCGAGUCCGCGAGAUACUUGAGAGCAGUGUGCAAUUGACUGACGAGACGGUUGUGCCGUUCAACCGUCUCAGCCACAACCAGUCAGUAUAUCGCGCACUGCGUCGGGCUGGGUUUCUCCAAUCAUGGGUGAAGACCUUAGUAGCGUGUUUGGACCAACCUGUCGAUCUGGAUUUUACAAUGUUACUGGCAGCCAACACGCUUCGGAUGUCGUACCAGGCUCAUGCAAGCCCAUGGUCAGGACUGGAAGCAGUAAUCGAGGCUGGAAUCCACGACGUACUGCUUCAGUGCAUGAAAAACGAUGCAAGUGGCACUUCAAAUGAGCUUUACAUCUACUUUCUCAAGGUGUAUAGCCACUAUGCCAACCACCCUCGCGGAAUCAAGCUCCUUGAACCUAUCAUCAUGUCCUUGGAGAUUCCAGAGGAUUGUGUCGAGAUCUCGGUCGAUGCUUUCCGCACCCGGGUUGAUCUGCUGCAGAGGAUGGAUGAAUCUCCUCACCUCUUCACGCUCUGCGACAACGAAUCACAUGGGAGUAUGGUCAAGGACGAAAAGGCACUUGUCGUCAAAGGUAAGGGGCCUGAAGGGGUGGCGACUUGCUCCAACUGCCACUCGGCCUUUUACUGCGAUCCCAUUUGCCAGAAGGAGGACUGGACGCGGCGACACAAGGCGCAAUGCUCAGCACUGAGAUCACGCUACAUCGAAAACGAGUCUAGCAAGGCCCUGGUCUCUUAUCAAUAUCGCCUCUUCUCGAUUCAGUUGAGUCUAUCAACUCUCGACGGAAUCGAGGAUGGUAGCGUCACACCAUUUCCCAUACCGAAUCUAGCAAGCGAAUUUCCGGACUGGUUGAACGUUCCCUCAUCCGGGACCGACAUCAUGGCUGUGGAGCUCAUAAGUAUCAUGUGUCAUGAGCCAGCUGCUAUUCUUGUGACCAUGGACCAUUUUGUCGACACUCACUCCGCGGCGAAGAUAGGUCCUGUCGCCGCAGAACGCGUCCGGGAGAUGGCUACAGCAGUCGUUCAGAAGCGCAAGAAAGGUAGCCAAUCGAAGCUGGUUGCUUCCAUCCUCACAGCUGUUCCUCAGUACCAGUUUGUCCUGAUAAUGGAAGUGGAAAAAGACGUCAAAUCGGGGAAGUAUGUCUGUCUUCAACAUGUCGCUAGCAUCCGGGAUCGGUUGCACUCACCCUUUGGCAAUGGUGUGCUCACACAGAGCCCUAUUGAGCCUGAUGUUAUGGACACGGCGUCGUACGAAAUUACAGUUGACCAAAGAGGGGAGCAGGUCUACCUCUGA